AUGAGCAGCUCUAGGACUCGACACCACCAGACAAAAAGCUCUCGCACAAGGCAGCGCUCAACAGCACUCUGCGAUGUGAGCCUCUUCCUGCGCAUCGAACUUGGCCCAGAGAGCCUCCACUUCAGCGAUGGGAACUUGUAG